GAUCUCAACCCUGACCAGGAUGACAUCAUCCACAAGCGACACUUCCUUGAACCGGAAGUCAAGAUACUACAGAAAGUACGGCGCCUUUCACUGUACUGACAUUUUAAGGCAGAGUGAGAGUUCGUCUUAUUAAAAAAAAUCUUUGAUCCUAUCCACGCUCGGUUUCUUGUACGCGUUGUGAUGCUACAUUAAACCAUACAUACAUCCUUGUUUUCUCCGUAACUAACUGUGUUUCACCGGUAAUCCCUGCCGUUGCACCACCGUCAACAUGGCGGGAGUCAUCCGGAGGCUUCACGAGACUGUUGUGAACCGCAUCGCCGCAGGAGAAGUCAUCCAGCGUCCCGCCAACGCAGUCAAGGAGCUGAUUGAAAACUGCUUGGACGCAAAGUCCACCAACAUCCAGGUGACGGUGAAAGACGGCGGGCUGAAGCUGCUCCAGAUCCAGGACAACGGCACCGGCAUCAGGAGAGAAGACAUGGACAUCGUCUGCGAGAGGUUCACCACCAGUAAACUCCAGACCUUUGAGGACCUCUCGGCGAUCUCCACCUAUGGCUUCAGAGGCGAGGCCCUGGCCAGCGUGAGCCACGUCGCCCAUGUGACCAUCACCACGAAAACAGCCGAUGCCCAGUGCGCCUACAGAGCCAACUACAGCGACGGUAAACCCAAAGGUCUUCCCAAGCCGUGUGCCGGCAACCAGGGAACACAGAUUCUGGUGGAGGACCUCUUCUACAACGUGUCCACCAGGAGGAAAGCUCUGAAGAGCCCCGGUGAUGAGUACUCCAGGAUCGUGGAGGUGGUCAGCAGGUACGCCAUUCACAACUCUGGGAAAAGUUUCUCCGUGAAAAAGCAAGGAGAGACGGCGGCCGACGUGAGGACGCUGCCCAACGCCUCCGUGGUCGACAACAUCCGAGCGGUGUUCGGGAACGCGGUCAGCAGGGAGCUGAUCCACGUCGGCUGCGAGGAUCAGAAGCUCGCCUACAAGAUGGACGGAUACGUCUCCAACGCCAACUACUCGGUGAAGAAGUGCGUCCUGGUGCUCUUCAUCAACCAUCGUCUGGUGGAGUCGAGCGCGCUGAAGAAAGCCAUCGAGACGGUCUACGCCGCCUACCUGCCCAAGAACACGCACCCGUUCCUCUACCUCAGUUUGGAGAUCGCUCCGCAGAACGUCGACGUGAACGUCCAUCCCACGAAGCACGAGGUGCACUUCCUGCACGAAGACGGCGUCAUCGAGAGCGUCCAGAAACACGUGGAGAGCAAACUGCUCGGCUCCAACUCGUCACGCACCUACUUCACUCAGACGUUGCUGCCGGGCCUGGCGGCGGCCGGCGGCGGCGCUGAGGUCAAGUCCCCCGGCGCCGAGUCCGGCCAUCAGGUCUCCGCUCGCCAGAUGGUGAGGACCGACUGCCGGGCGCAGAAGCUGGACGCCUUCCUCCGGCCCAAAGAGAAGCCCGACCCAGAAGCAGCCGGUCCCAGCGGCGGGGGCGCCGCGACCAACGCCGCCAGCGACGAGAUGGAGGAGGCGGACGACGAGGACAUGCUCAGGGCCGUGGCCGAGCAGGAAGCGGAGGGGUCAAAGGUCAACGAAGGCGAUGCUGACGGCGCUCACAGGAAGCGACUCAGGAAGGAGCCGCAGGACGAAGACGAGGAGCCGCCGGCUGCCGAGACGAAGAGGCGAGUCAUCAAGCUGAGCAGCAUCAAGGAGCUCCGAGCGGAGACGACGGAGAACUGUCACCGAGGGCUUCAGGAGAUGCUGCAGGCCCACUCCUUCGUGGGCUGCGUGACCCCCCAGUGGACCCUGAUCCAGCACCGCACCAAGCUGUACCUGCUCAACUGCACCAAGCUGAGCCAGGAGCUCUUCCAGCAGAUCGUCAUCUACGACUUCGGGAACCUGGGCGUCCUCAGACUGUCGACCCCGGCUCCACUCUACGACCUCGCCAUGCUGGCCCUGGACUCAGAGGAGAGCGGCUGGACGGAGGAGGACGGGCCCAAAGAAGGUCUGGCUCGGUACAUCGUGGACUUCCUGAAGAAGAAGACCGAGAUGCUGGAGGACUACUUCUCCGUGGAGAUCGACCAGGACGGGAACCUGACCGGCCUGCCGCUGCUGCUGGACCGGUACACGCCGCUCAUGGAGGGGCUGCCCAUGUUCGUCCUGCGCCUGGCCACCGAGGUGAACUGGGACAACGAGAAGGAGUGCUUCAGGGACCUGAGCCGGGAGUGCGGCAUGUUCUACUCCGUGAGGAAGCAGUACGUCCUGGAGGCCGGCGAGCAGCCGGAGGCCGAGGGGAAGUCGUGGCGGUGGAGCGUGGAGCACGUCCUCUUCAAGGCCUUCCGGACCCUCCUGAGUCCCCCGAGGAGCUUCAGCGAGGACGGCGCCGUGCUGCAGAUCGCCAACUUACCGGACCUCUACAAAGUGUUCGAGAGGUGCUGAACCGGCUCAGACCCGUUUACUCUCCGGUGAAUAAAGACCGCGAGGCUUCGGCGAGCUUCAUGAGGAGGAGCCGGAACGCUGCCAGGAAAUCCAAAUGUUCCAGCACUUUCUGUUCCAGCUGGAACACGAGGAACACGAGCUCUGUAAAUGAAUGUUUCCAUGACGGACUUUACAAGUUAAGCACGAGCAGCAUGUGGGGAGAAGGAACAGCUCAUUUGUUCCCACGACUUAUGUAAAGUAAAAACGUCUUUGUCUUUAUUCAUGUGACAAACUCAAACCAGGAAUAAAGUGAACCAGACGGCUGAUUCCAAGCUGCAUCUCAGAAACCAGCAUACAUGUGAAUAACACUAACAUAGUAAUGCUGUAAUAACACUAACGCUGUAAUAAGUCAUGACUAAUGACUAGGGAUGGGUAUCGUUUGGGUUUUUUCCGAUACCGGUGCUAAACCGGUACUUUUAAAACGAUACCGGUGCCUGAACCGAUACUUCUUUUU